CAUAACUUUAUAAUACAGUUCGGGGGUUCACGGUUCAAGGGAUACUCUGAAUUUAGUCACUUAGUUCUUCGUUUUUCGAGAAAUUAGUUACAUUUUCCUCGAUCCCAAGUUUUCAGCCAAUCGCAGGCGAGUGUGGGCGUGGCCAGACGCUGAGCGUGUUCCGUGUGGAAAGUUCGCCGGUCCGGGUGCAAAGUUUCAGCCGUCUGCAGACCGGAGGCAGAAGACGAGCACUAUAACCGGACCGAACUCCGGUCCCCAGCGCUCAUUACACACGGAUCGAAGUAUCGCUUACUGUCUGUCGGUCGAAACGAGUUCAGUUAUGGGAUAUUAACCCGAAGGGGUAUCGUGUUGAUUUAAAGCUUUGUUUCGUGCUCUGCUCGCGGUGGAAUCAUGGCCUGCGCGCCGAACCGGGUCCGCCUGCUGUGCAUGCUGUCGCUCACCUUCGGCUAUUUCAUUGUGGAGGUGGUGGUGAGCCGGAUCACAUCGUCUUUAGCGAUGCUUUCGGACUCCUUUCAUAUGCUGUCGGACGUGAUCGCGCUGGUCGUGGCUCUGGUGGCGGUGCGUUUCGCGGAGCAGACCCAGUCCACCAACAAAAACACGUUCGGCUGGAUCCGGGCCGAGGUGAUGGGCGCCCUGGUCAACGCCGUUUUCCUCACCGCGCUCUGCUUUACCAUCAUCCUGGAGGCCAUCGAGCGCUUCACGGAGCCUCAUGAGAUCGAGCAGCCCGUGGUGGUGAUCACGGUGGGGGCCGUGGGGCUGCUGGUCAACCUGCUCGGGCUCUGUCUCUUUCACGGGCACGCCGGAGGCGGAGGACACGGACACAGCCACGGGGGACACAAAAAACACAAGAACGGGAAGAUGCGCCGGUGUGAGACGCUGGAGGAGAGUCGGUCCGCGGGCGAGGAGACCAAUAAUCUGGUCGGGAAUCAGAACAACAGCCCUAAUGGCGUUAAUCCGGACCGGAGCAGAGCCGGUAAAUCGGAGAUGUGUCACAGUGACAGCCCGGAUUUGCAGAUUAAUGGCGGCGCUCUGUACGAAGAGCUCGAGAAUGGACACGACUCGGCGUCCCAGCUCAACAUGCGGGGGGUUUUCCUGCACGUCCUGGGCGACGCACUCGGCUCGGUCAUCGUGGUGAUCAACGCCAUCAUCUUCAACAUCGUAUGGAAGCCAUGCUCUCCGGGCAGUAUCUGUGAGAACCCUUGUGUAGGCCAACAUUGCGCUGACCACUCGCUCAACAGCAGCAGUGCAAUAUCCAACGCCACUUUGCACGUAGCGGGACCCUGCUGGGUGCUGUAUCUCGACCCCACCCUCUGCAUCAUUAUGGUCCUCAUCCUCCUCUACACCACAUACCCGUUGUUGAAGGAGUCUGCACUUAUCCUGCUACAGACCGUGCCCAAGCAAAUCGACAUGCAUCAGCUCAACGCUCGCCUGCGGGAUCUGGAGGGUGUGCUGGCGGUGCACGAGCUGCACAUCUGGCAGCUGGCAGGCAGUCGCAUCAUCGCCACUGCACACAUCAAAUGCCACGACCCCACGUCCUACAUGGACGUAGCCAAGCGUAUCAAGGACUUUUUCCACAAUGAGGGCAUCCACGCUACAACCAUUCAACCAGAAUUCGUAACGGUGAACUCGGAGUCUCGCAUUUCACUCUGCGAGCUCUCCUGUAGAACGCAGUGCGCCCCAAAGCUCUGCUGUGGCGCCGUUGAUGCUGCAAAGCCUCCUGAUGGAGCUAUAGAACCGAAGAAUCCAUGUGAAGCCAAAACCCCAACGGUAACCAGUACUUCUGCUACAUCUCUGGAGAUCAUCAGCGAGUCUGUGGAGGAAACAAGCAGGCCAGAAUCCGUUGUGAUCAUCACUAGGGAGGUGGAAUCGUCAUUGUGAGCGAGGAGAAGGUUAGACGGACAACAUUCUGUUCUCUUAAGAGUACUGAAGUGUAUUGACUCAGCUGACUGAUUUCUGCCAUGCUGUGAGAAGAACUGAGCCCAAAUACACUCAUGAUAACACACACACACACACACACACCGCAGCUCGAUAUCUCAGAUACUACACCAACAUACAGACAAUAUAAAUAGGCUGGAGAGCAAGGCUAGCCUCCUCUGCAUGUGUGUUUAGCACAUCGUCUGAUUGGUGUGUCCGUGCCAAAGCUUCUUUUCAUACAGGACACCAGACACUUGUGUCCUUCCUGUGGUUUGUAAUGCAACGACAUGCAAUUUUAACAUUCAGCUGCUGGACCAAGUAGAAAUGUCUGGACUAGAUUUUUUUUUCUACCCAUCCUUUUUCUGUUUUAUCCUUUACACUUUAUUGUUUGUUUCUUAGUCAUAUUCAAAUUUUCAAUUUUGUGAGAGAUGUAAUAAUUUAUGUAUUUAAGUUAUUGUUAAUUAAGUUUUUUUUUUUUUCAAAGAGCUUUUUGCAAGACUUAGAUUUGGUGAUAUUAGAGAUAAAAACAAAAAGGAUUUUUUGCUUCUUUCACAACCAAUGAUCUGUACUUUAAUCGAGAGUAUUUUUAGAUGAUGCUUUUCAAAGAUUGCUGUUCAGUCUUUCACUUAUUUGUUUUAUUAGACAUCAGAAGACAUGUCGACAGUACUUCACCAUUCCUAUAAUUCAAACUUGCUGUUAUAGCACUGAAUCUAGUCAGUGUAGGAACUAGACAAACCUUCUCUUAUUGGUUUUUAUAAAAGCUGAUGCCUUGUUUGUUCUGUUGUUGUCAAUCAAAACAAGAGGUGAAAAUGCUGUUAAAAAAAGUUUUUUUUGUUUUGUUUUGUUUUUUUGGUGUGACUGCUGGAGCGUGAUAUGUUUUGUCCAUGCUGUCAUAAAAGUGAAGGGACCUCCUAAGAUUUGUGGAAAACAUUCAUUUGUGCAUGACUAAAUAUACAUAUGGUUGUAUGGAAAGCUUUGAGAAACCAAGCAAAAUUUGUAAACCAAAAGACGAGGGAGUUACUUUCUGAAAUACACAGGGAGUAGUAGGCACAUAGGUUUGGGGUGUCACACAAUCUACUCGGUGGCCUUCAGUAG